UUAAAAAGUAGUUGAAAAACAUUAGUCGAACAGAAUGGGAAAGAAUUUAAUUUUUGGUUUGUUGUUGCUUGGGAUUUGCUGGAAUGUUGAAGGUUUGACAGGCGGUCUAUCGGCCACAGCCAACUUGGCAGAUGUCAUCCUAAAGUCCACUUACUCCAUGGAGAACAAUCCAGCACUAACUGCCAAUUGUUUCCAGAUCUAUAUGCCACAAAUCAAUGAUUUGGCCCAAAAAUACGAACAAGCCUACAAUGGCUGCACCAACCAGACAGCUGAAUCCGAGGAAACAUUGAAACAGCAAGUUCAGGAUGAUAUUGAUACCAUUCAGAAUGUUACGAAAUCCAUGUGUUCCAAUUUCGAAAAUUGUGCCUUAGUCACGGAGACAUUGUAUGCUACAUUCGAGUGCUACUACAAUGUGUCUGGUAAUAACAUGCAAAGUGCCUUUGAAGUUCAAAAUCUGUCCAAGGAAAAGAUGAAAUUCGUUAAAAUUAAUGAGGAAUACAUUAUGUACAAUCAAACCUUGUGCACCGAUGAGUGCUCACGUGUUUACAUCGAAGAGUCCUCGAAGGUUCAUGCUAAUUUGGAAGCCUGUUUGGCUGGCAAACCUCCCAGUGAUGAAGUGACCACUACUACAGAUAAACCAGAUGUCACCACUAAGGAGACACCUUUAUUGACAACAGUAGCACCCGAUGCCAAAGUACCAGAAACUACUAAAGCACCUGAAGUUACCACAGAGAAGAUAGAAACAACACCAAUUGACACCACCACAAAAGUUUCUGAAUCAUCUUGAACAAGAAUAUUUUGUUAUAAUAUGCCUAUUAAUAUAUGGACUGUAUCUACUGUUUCGACAAAGUAUAAAAUAGUUUGCCAUCAAAUAUAAUAACGAAGUUCCUUUAAUAAAAACAAUAGUAAUUAAGUAUAAUUUUCAAAAAAAUAAUUAUUUUACUCAAUAAAUAA